UGGCGGCGGCUGCGGUUUGAAUUCCAGCCGCGCCGCUAGACUGAGAACGAGAGCUGGGUUGGAAGGGGCGGGACCUGGGCAGCCCAGCGCGUCGCGACAGCUCGGAGAACCAGUGGCGCCGCCGCCGCACACACCAGUGCCACUGUCUCCGUGUUCAUGAUGGACUCGGGGAUGGAAGAGGACGUCACCCUGCCUGGGACCCUCAGCCGUUGCAGUGACCUUCACCCUAUUCUGCCAAGUGAGCUGGAUGGUAUCAGUGGCAUUGCUGGCUUGGGAAAUGGAGUGCUCCCAAACAUGUCAGAAGAAAAGGUCUGGCCUACCAGAGCCUGGAACAUGAAGGACUUUGAAAAUCAGAUCACCGAGCUGAAGAAGGAGAACUUCAACCUAAAACUCCGCAUCUACUUCCUUGAGGAAAGGAUGCAGCAGGAGUUUGCGGGCCCCACUGAGCAUAUCUACAAGACGAACAUUGAACUCAAGGUGGAAGUGGAAAGUCUGAAGCAGAAGCUCCAGGAGAGAGAUCAGUUGCUCAUCAGUGCCUCCAAAGCAGUGGAGAAUCUCACCAAAGGGGGAGGUUCUGAAGUCCAGCGCGUGAAAGAAGAUGCAAGGAGGAAGGUGCAGCAGGUGGAAGACCUCCUGACAAAAAGGAUACAUCUUCUAGAAGAAGUAAGUCUGGAGAUGCCGAGGGACCUCUACCUACAGGAUGUGAAAGCCGCCCAAGCAGAACUGGAGAAGGCCUUUGCAGAGACGGAAACAGAGAAGGCGUUUCGCCUCAGCUUGGAAAGCAAGCUCACUGCGAUGAAGAAGAUGCAGGAGCAGGACCUGGAGUUGACUCUGGCUCUGGAAGACAAGGACAGACUGAUUGAGGAGUUGAAGCUGACUUUGAAGAGCAAAGAAGCUUUAAUUCAGUGCCUUCAAGAGGAGAAAUCUCAGAUGGCAUCUCCUGACGAGAAUGUGUCAUCUGGAGAACUCCGAGGACUUUGUGCCACUCUGAGGGAAGCAAAGGAGAGAGACGCUGAGGCUGCACAGAGGGAAUGGAAGAAGGAGAGAAAUCACUGGGAAGCAAAGAUCCAGGCACUUCAGGAGGACCUGAGAGAGAAGGAAAGAGAAAUUGCUACAGAGAAGAAAAAUAGCUUAAAGAGGGAUAAGGCCAUUCAGGGCCUAACCAUGGCAUUAAAAUCAAAGGAAAAAGAGGUUGAAAAACUUAACUCCGAAAUCAAAGAGCUCGCUGCUGCUCUCACCAAACCUGGGGAGGCUCCCUUGAUAACACAGGCCACAAAAUUCCAGGGGUCUGAGGACUAUGAGGCUGCCCUGGCAGAAAAGGAAGCCCUGUUGACAGAGCUGCACUCAGAAAACCUCACAAAGAGCGCUGAGAACCAGAGACUGCUUGGGAAUGUUAAAGUGAUCACCCAGGAGUUGAGUGACCUGAAGAAGGAGAAGCUGAGACUAGAGAGGGACCUGGAGGAAGCCCACCAAGAGGGGAGCAAACGGGCCCACACCAUCCUUGACCUUAGAAAUGAAGUUGAAAAACUAAGGAAUGAAGUGAAUGGGAGAGAGAAGGUAGUGGAGAAGCAUUACAGGAGUCUGCCGAGCAAAAGCAGUACAAAGCUCCACACUGCAGAGGAAGUGCUUGGGUGUCUAACAGAAAGUGGAAGUCCAAAGAAUCUGCUGCUGCAGGAAAAGCAACAGUCAGACUCUGAAGGGCUGACGGGGGACUUAAAGACGGAACAGAGCAUCUAUGCCCAUCUGGCGAAGACUCUGGAGGACUCAGAUAGUAUCAGCGACCUGCAGGCUGAGCUGAAAGAGGUUCUUGUCCUGCGGAAGCAGCUGGAGCAGGAUGUGCUUGCCUAUCGGAAUCUGCAGAAGGCCCUGCAGGAACAGCUCAGUGAAAUUCAGAGGCGAGAAGAAGAACCAUUUUCACUUUACAGUGAUCAGACAUCAUAUCUAAGUAUUUGCCUUGAAGAGCACAAUCAGCUCCAAGUGGAGCGUUUCUCUCAAGAAGAACUCAAGAAGAAGGUCAGUGAGCUCAUACAGCUUGUGAAGGACCUGCACACAGACAAUCAGCACCUGAAGAAAACCAUUUUUGAUCUCUCUUCCCUGGGUUUCCAAGGAAACGACAGACUUGAGUCAACAAAACAAACAGAGCUUCUGGCUAGCAGAGAGGAUGAAAGCACAAUCAAAAUUGAAGCAGAUGAUGAGAGUCAUUUCCAGAGUGACCAGCAUUUGGAGCAGAGAAAUGAGAUCAUGGAGGACUAUGCCAAGAGUGACUGCAAAAAUGAAUAUUUAAGGCAUAUGGAUUCCAAUAUUUUAGACCGUGAUGGAGUCAACACACCUGGUAUCCCUGGAGACCAGAUCCUGGAAGACAAACUCCUGGGCCUGCUUGCCACUUUGUUCCAAAAGAAGGCCACACUGUUGCUGGAAGCCAGCAGACCAGAUCUUCUGAAAGCACUGGGUGCCUUGGUUUUGGAACGAAUAUACUCGGGAGAGCAAGAACUUCCUGGAGAUCACCUUGAUGAUAAAGCUAAGAAGGCAUUUCAGCAAGUAGCUGUUCAGCUGAGAGAUGAACUUGACCUUUCCUUCCCAGACGCCUCAUUCUCCAAGUCACACAAUGAAAGCAAGUCAACAUGGGGGACCUGGCGAGUAAAGACAGGUGACAGAGCCAAGGUGGAGCUGAAGAAUGCCUCGGUUCAAACUAUCACCAUAGAGGACACCCCCCAUGAAUUCAAAUCUAAGGGGAAGAGAGAAGCUUGGGAAGAGAAACCAGAAGAGGCCAUUUUCAGCACUGACCCUGAGUCAGAGGCCUUGUGUGAGAUGCCAGGGCUACGGGCCACUCCCCUCUCAUUCCCUAGUACAAUCAACAAGGAUGCUGAGGAGACAGAAUUGAUGACCAAGUUAAAAGCAUCUAAGUUACUGGAAAAUGUGUAUGAUCUUCCUGCCUCCCCAGAGGUGGUAGCUCAGCUCCACGUUCAGGUUCUAGAGCUUCAGGGGGAGCUGAAAGAGUGUAAAACACGCAAUAAGAAACUCCAUGACAAGCUAAUUCUGGCAGAGGCAAUGAUGGAGGGGAUGACAAUACCCAACCCUGUGUUGCUGAAUGAGCCUGCAGCUGUUGUGAGAGCAGUCUACCAGGACAACCCAGGCGAGCAAGAAGGACCUGAAGCCAUACACUCUGCUUGGAAAGACAAAGAAGCGGACAGUGACCAAUACACAAGCUCUGAGAUCGAUUCUGAAGUGUGUCCACCUGAUGACCUUGCCCUAUUACCAGCAGGCAAAGAGAACACUGGAGACUUCUUAGGUCCAACCUCUGUAGCCACUUACUUGAAUUCUAAGAGUCACCUCUCCAUUAAAGACAGUGUGAUUGGGACUGACCAGUCUGAGAACAUCAAUAUCCCCAACGACACAGAAGACUUAAAACAGAAAAUCCAUGACUUGCAAACCGAGCUGAAUAGCUACCGGAACUUCAUUGUCCAGUUACAGAAGCACUCUCAGUGCAGUGAGGCCAUUAUCACAGUUUUGUGUGGGACAGAUGGGGCUCAAGAUGGCUUGAACAAGCCUAUGGGCCAAACUGAUGAAGAAGAGAUGACAGUUUCAAGUUUGCACCAAGUACGGUAUGUAAAGCAUAUGAAAAUCCUCCAUCCACUAACCCCAGAGAUGAUUGACAGCGGGAUGCUAGAGAGCCUCAAACAGCAGCUGGUGGAACAGGAGAAGGAGCUACAGAAGGAGCAGGAUUUGAACUUGAAACUUUUCAGUGAAAUCCAUAACCUGGAGAACAAGUUCCGAGACCUCUCUCCAUCAAGAUACGAUUCAUUGGUUCAGUCCCAAGCCAGGGAGCUCUCCCUUCAGCGGCAGCAGAUAAAGGAUAGCCAUGACAUCUGUGUCAUUUACCGUCAACACAUGAGCACCAUGAUCAAGGCAUUUGAGGAACUUCUGCAGGCCAGUGAUGUGGAUAGUUGUGUGGCUGAGGGCUUCCGGGAACAGCUAACACAGUGUGCUGAGCUGCCUGAGCAAUUGGAAAAGCUGUUUCUCCAUGGAGCAGUGGCUGGAGCAGAUCCGCGUCCCCAGAGGGAACUGCAUGAGAGGUUGAGAACUGAGGAAGACAACUUAACCCACCAUCAUCUCCUGCCUGACUCUGCCGAGCCUUCUGCCUCUCACGCACUGUCAGAUGAUGAGAUGUCUGAUAAAUCCUUCCUGUCUCUAGACCAGAAGACAGACAACAGGACUGGGAAGUUCCCGGCUAUGGAGAACCAUUUUCCUCAAGACUUACUAAUGGAACACAUACAGGAAAUUAGAACUCUGAGAAAGCAUUUGGAAGAAUUUAUUAAAACAAAUGAGAAACUCCGGAAACAGCUGGAACAUCAGAGGUCUGAGACUGACCAAGGUUCCACAAAUGUUUCUGCUUAUGGCUCAGAGCUGCACAGCUCUCUGACAUCAGAGAUACAUUUCCUGAGGAAGCAGAACCAGGCCCUCAGUAUGAUGCUCGAGAAAGGGGCCAGAGAUAAACAGAACGAGAAUGAGAAAUUACUUGAGUCUCUGUCUAGGAAGGCUGCAAGUCUUGAGCACCUUCAGCUAGAGUACACCAGUGUGAAGGAGGAAAAUGGAAGGUUACAGAAAGACAUCAGUGAGAAGGAGAGACACAAUCAGCAGCUGACCCAGGAGAUCUGCAGCAGCCGCCAGGAGCUGAGCAGGGUACAGGAAGAAAUGAAAUCAAGGCAGCAGCUGCUCUCACAGAACGAUAAGUUGCUCCAGGCCCUCCGAGUGGAGCUGAAGGUGUAUGAGAAGCUGGAUGAGGAACAUAGGAAGCCACAGAGAGAGGCCCAAGGUGAGGCAUCUAAAGAAGGCUGGAAUGGGCCCGAUUCUUUCAGCGACCUGCAUGGCCUCUUGACAGAGAUGAGGGCUCUCCGUGAGCAGCUAGAGAGGAGCAUCCAGACUAACAGCGCCCUGAGGAGCAGGCUGGAGGAGCAGCUGUCACGGGGAGCGAAGACGCCCCAGGAAGGGGCCCUCACUCUGGCUGUCAAGGCCCUGACUGUCACCGAAUGUUCCCUUCAGCUGGAUGAGCAUGAUGGCACCAAAUGUCCUGAGGCCAGUGAUAAUUCAUUUGAUCUAUUUGAGUCCACCCAGGCAAUGGCACCUAAAUCAGCUUCCGAGACUCCUCUGCUGUCUGGAACUGACGUGGACUCCCUCUCCUGUGACAGUAGCGCCUCCAUCAUCAGCCCCCCUUGCAUGCCCUGCCUGGUUGCUGAACACCAUGUGUGGGCAAGCAAGAGUGGCCACCAUAUGCUGGGCCUGAUUGAGGACUAUGAUGCCCUCCAUAAGCAGAUCAGCUGUGGCCAGAGACUGCUUGCCAAGAUGGACAUUCAAACUCAAGAGGCUCUGGGCCCCACAAGUCAAAAGCUGGGGCCAAAGGUUCCUCUCUCUGUGCCUCUGAGCAAGUUUCUCUCCGGCAUGAACACAGCCAGGCUGAUCCUGGAAGAAGCUUCAAGGUUGCUGAAACUCUUCUGGAGGGUCUCAGUCCCCACAGAUGGCCAGUGUUCACUUCACUGUGAACAGAUUGGAGAACUGAAGGCAGAGAUCACCAAACUACACAGAAAGUUGUUUGAACAAGAAAAGAAGCUGCAGAACACAGCAAAACUUCUGCAGCAGAAAAAGCACCAGGAGAAAGUCAUCUGGGAUCAGUUGGUCAUCACCCACCAAGUCCUUCAGAAGGCCAGACGAAACCUGGAGCAAAGGACUAGGACUGCCCAUUCAGGAACAUCCAGUCCCAGCAGACCGGGUUCAUGAAAUGAUAAAUACAAUAAUAAUAAUAAAAAUAAUAAAAUAAAAUAAUAAAAAAGAUAAA